CCUCCUGCCCGUGGCUUCCCGCCCCUGCCAGGGCCGGCUACUACUCCACCCCCCACAAUAAAGCUCCUUGCCCCAGCUGCGCCUCUGGGUUUCCUCUCAAGAGCCUGCCUCCCGUACAGAAGACUUAAUCCUUUUCCAAAACCGGGGCAGUUGGCGGGUCGCGGUGUUUUACUUGUUGUGGGGAGGGAAGAUCUGGUGACUUACUUAGGAUGUGGAAUUCUCUGUUCCACCUCAUUUUCCGUCCUACCAAAAGCAUGGAAAGUUCCAAACGUUUUUCCUAGAAAUUCGAAAAAGGGAUAUGGAAAUGGACUUCUCGCGUAAGGUGUUGCGUUUUGCUUUGUGGCUUCUUUAAGGGUCCUUCCUAAGGUAUGGGAGCAGCCGAAGCACCCUUGAGCAACUAGGUUCGUGAAAUGUUUUAAGCAAACCAAAAAAAGUCACUGCACCCGAAGGAACGUAGACAAUGGCAGAUCCUCAUGAAACAGACAUACCCUUUGGUUACAUUAUUCUGGCAUUCGUAUUAAAGGAAAAUGCAGCUAUUUGUGAUGAAAUUGCCCGCCUUGAGGAAAAGUUUAUCAAAGCAAAAGAAGAAAGGAGGUACCUCCUGAAAAAGCUACUUCAGCUACAAACUCUGACUGAAGGAGACACCCAGACUGUAACAACCACCCACAGUUCUAACCUGCCUUUGAGUUAUGGUGUGGCCACCUCUGUGGGUCCCAUUCAAGGAGCCGGACCUGUUCCUGUAUCCAGCUCUGUGGUUGAAGAACCAUUUGGGAAGAAACCCAAGAAGGAGAAAAAGGAAAAAGGAAAAGAAAACAACAAAGUGGAAGUUCUGAAGAAAGCAUCCAAGAAAAAGAAAAUGGAGGGAGGUGCUCGCAAGCUGGUUCAGCCCAUUGCCCUGGAUCCCUCAGGACGGCCUGUGUUUCCCAUCGGACUAGGGGGUCUAACAGUUUAUAGCCUAGGGGAGAUCAUCACUGAUCGGCCUGGCUUCCAUGAUGAGGGCGCCAUCUACCCUGUGGGUUUCUGCAGUACCCGAGUAUAUGCCAGCAUGAAGUACCCGGACCAGAAGUGUUUGUACACCUGUCAAAUCAAGGAUGGUGGUAUGCAGCCCCAGUUUGAGAUUGUGCCUGAGGAUGACCCUGAGAAUGUCAUUGUGGGCUCUUCUGCAAAUGCCUGUCAUGCUGAACUGCUCAAGAUCAUCAGUGCAGCUAGGGGGAAGCUACUUCCCAGUGUGCUUCCAUCUGGAGCUGAUUUCUUUGGUUUUUCUCAUCCAACCAUUCACAACCUGAUCCAGAGUUGUCCAGGAGCUCGGAAAUGUAUCAAUUACCAGUGGGUGAAGUUUGAUGUGUGUAAAACUGGGGAUGGUCAGAUCCCCCAGGAGCUGCCAGACAAUGAUGAAACUAUGAGCUUUGAGGCCUUUCAGAGACAGCCCUUUGAAGAAGAUCACAAUGAUCCCAUUCUACCAGGAUCUCUGGAUCUCGCAGGGCUCCAGUCUGCAUCAUUUGUAUCAUCCUAUCAUCAACCUAUGUUCCUGACACACGAGUCCCUGCCAGCCACUCACCUGCAGCACAUUAAGUCUCCAGCCCAGUGCAGUCCAGCCCACUCCUCAGACUGAACACGACAACAGAGAAUAUACCACGGUUUAUCAGUGUGAAAUUUUAAACUUAAGAUAAAACUUAGAACAUAUGAAAGUAGCAGAAACCAGCCUCAGUGGUGGAAAGAAGCAUUGACAUCCUUUAUCAUUUUAUCACAGAAGAUCUCUUGGUAAAGACUCUGGCUGUUUUUAUCUUUUGUAAUAAACUUUUCUUGUCAUUCCUGCUUUGUUUUCAAAAUGUUGUAAUCAGGAUCUCACUUUGCUGCUGCUGUUUUUUCUGUUUCUGCCUAAGGCUAAGGUGAAUUCCCCUCUCUUCAUGUAAUUCAUAUUGCUGAAGCUUACAUUACAGAAAAAAGUGAUGAUUUUGACUUAAAGCAGUUUGUCAUCUAGUUAUACAAGUUAAUCUGAAUCAAUCCUUUGGUUCAAAAUGCUACUUUUAUUUUUAUAGUUAGAUUUCAUUAAAGGAUUAUACAUA